AUGCCUACUUCCUCGCCAGUAUCACCAAAUAAUCCAUUCCGGCCAAAUGCUGCCGACAGGACUGACGGUCAAUUGAUCUCGCGAGACCUAGUUCCCCAAUCAUCACACGUACAGUCAACGGCACUGCAGCCAAUUCCGUCUCGUCCUGUAGCCCUGCAUGCAAACACCAACCCAUCUUCCCGUGUAACAUCGCCUGCUCCAGCGUUGCCACACAUGCCGAACUCCUACCCUCCGCCAGGAGAGACACAUAAUUACAACAAUAGCGCGGGGGUGUUCAAUCAAGUUAAUGGAGACCAGCGCUUUGACUAUAACACGGCACACAACGAACAUAUAUAUGAAGGAGAUACCUUUGCGGCACCGAUUCACGGAGGUAACGUCGGGGGUCGCAACAACCAGAAUGCCAUAUACAACGGUUCAGCGGCUGUUGGCCCACCUAGACGAUACGGAGGCAACCCUAACAUGCGCGCCUUCGAGACCAAGGCAGAUACUCUUCAAUCAGAAAUUGACCGCCUAAUGGACGAAUUGGGCUUGAACGAGGAGCAGAAGUUAGAAAGGAAAAUAUUAGACUUGCAACUAACACUUCGCGCAUUGCAACGGGAGGUCCAGGUUGCGGCCCAACGUCCUGAGUCCGCCCUGUCGCAUGAUGUUGGCUAUGCGUAG